AUGGCACUCCUACUCAAUCUUUUACUUUGCUCCGCGGCCAUUGGUGUUGCUCUACCUGCCACUGGGCAUACAGAGAACGCCUCUUCUCAUCCAUUUUCCCAAAUGGCACUUGCUCCUUGGGACGCUGGAGCCGUUAGCCAAUACCCUAUCCAUUCGAGCUGCAAUGCAACCCAGCGCCGGCAGAUCGAGUUGGGUCUCAAUGAAACCAUCGCCCUCGCAGAACAUGCCAAAGCUCACAUCCUACGAUGGCGCAAUGAAAGCGAGAUCUACCGAAAAUAUUUUGGCAACCGCCCGUCAAUGGAACCUGUUGGUGCCUUCGAUAUCGUGAUCAACGGCGACAAAGAAAAUGCCCUCUUCCGCUGUGACAAUCCGGACGGAAAUUGCGAUCUCGAUGGUGAAAAGAACUAUUCCUUCCGCUACGCUGGACAUUGGCGCGGUGAGAAUGGGACCGGCGAAACCGUUAUCUGCGACCUUAGCUAUGAAGCUCGUCGCUCGCUUUCAACUAUGUGUGCGCUUGGAUACACUGUGUCGGGCUCUGAAACCAACACUUUCUGGGCUUCUGACCUUCUGCACCGGCUCUAUCAUCUACCUACUUUUGGACAGGACUGGAUUGAUCAUUUUGCAGAUGGAUAUAAAGAAGUGGUGGAUCUAGCGGCAAAGACUCCGAUUCGGUCCACCCGCGACUCGGAAACACUUCAAUACUUUGCGUUGGAGGUAUAUGCGUUUGAUAUAUCUGUUCCUGGGAUCGGAUGUCCUGGGGCUCAGAAUCAUCAGCAUAGUAGCGAAGAGAAGCCUACGACCUCUCAGAAUCAGCCGAGUGCCACUGGGACUACCAGCGAGCCACCUUCCAAGACAUCGGAAGUGCCUGCUAACUGCCAUACACACGAUGGAGGUGAACUUCACUGCACUUGA